GACGCGGCCCGCGCCAGUCGGUCGCAGGCCGGGAGCGCGCGAGCAUCGCACCGGACGGAGUGAGCGUGUGUCGCGCGGGGGGCAGUAGUGCGCGCGCGCGCGAGUGUGUGUGUGUGUGUGAGAGAGAGAGGGUGUGUGCGUGCGUGACAGGACCAUGGCGUAGUGGUGGUGCGACCAGGAUGUCGACCCUCAUGACGACGCAGACGCCCGGCAUGGUCUCGCCCCCGGGCGCGGCGCCCUUCAGCCUGGACGCCAUCCGCAGGCAGGUGCUGGAGAGGCACCUGCCCCUGCCCGCCACGCUGCCCGCCCUGCACCAAGAGGAACACUUCGGCACGCAAGAUGCUGCCGGGAUGAACGGGGUCUGCGAGGAGGAGGACGCCGAGGGUGAGGACGGCGCCGACGCCGAGGAGGGCUGCAGCGGUGCCGAGGGCGAAGCGGAGGGCCUCGACGGUCCCGACGGCGAGGCCGACCAGGACGGCGACGACGAGGCGCCACGCCAGCCUUGCGCGGACGACGAGCCGCGCAGGAACAAGAGAAAGAACUUCAAGCCCAGGAACAUCUUGUACGACGAGGAGCAGCAGGGCGCCAACAACAACCCCCAGCCUUUGCCCGGGCUGCCCGGUCCCGGGGCCGCCUCCGACUCGGACGGCGACGAGCACGGCGCGCUCGGCAGCGCGAUGGGGAUGGACAUGGCCGUGCACGCGGGCAUGAAGAGGCGCAGUCGGAAGCCGUUGUUCGCGCCGCAGAAGAGGUACGCCGUCGAGGAGGGCGGCUCCCCCGCGCCGCGCUUCGGGGCCCUGGACCUGAGCUCGGGGGGCGCGGCCCCUGGUCAGGAUGGCGAGGACGACAGCUCAGCAUUUGGCGAGGACGACGACAGUCGGUCGUCGUACCCUACGCUCCACCACCUGAACAGUGGCCCGGAAGAUGAGAGCUCCGACGUGAACCUGAGCGACGGCGGCGGAGCGGGUGGCGUCCCCAGCGCCUCCAUGCUCAGCCGCAACCACCUGCUCAAGCCGCGGGCGCACGUGCGGCACCUGGACAGGGACAGCUCGAGCGCGGCCGAGGGCGACUCGAGCCUGGAUCUGUCCGGCUCGGACAGCCGGCUCUUCGGGCGGCAGCAAGUGUUCGGCGCACCCGACGACGUGCUGUCCGGCAGCCCGCGCGGCCCGGGCAGCACCUCGCCGUCGGCGGAGGACGUGCUGGCCGCGGACCUGUCGCGCGCCGGCGGGCUGGACGCCUUCAACCCCAUGGCCACGCCGCUCAUGGCGGCGCAGAUGGCGGCCGCGGCGGCCUUCCGGAGGCACCAGGGCGGCGACCAGAGUGCGUCCGCCAUGAAGGACUUUGCCGAGAAGACCAUGAGGGAGCUGCUCGGCAUCUACGGGCUCGGGGCCGAGGUGGCCGAACCCUUCGGCGGCGUGCCCAUGGCCAACUUCACCUCAGGCAAGAUCCUAGAGGCGCUGUCGCUGGGCGGCGGCGCGCCGGCGGGGCUCAACUUCAACCUGGCGCGGGCGGCGGCGGCGCAGCAGCGGCUGUCGAGCCCGCCGUCGCAGCCGCCCACACCGCCGAGGACGCCGCUGUCUCCACAGCAGGGCGAGCAGCAACAGCAACAGCAGCAACAACAGCAGCAGCAACAGCAGCAGCAGCAACAGCAGCAGAGGCAGUCGCCGCUCGCCGCGGGCGCCACCCCUCCGCCGCAGCCGCAGCACCAGGCGGCCCUGGCGGCCGCGCUGCACGCAGCGGGGCUGGCGCCCUCCUCGUCCACCGAGUUCGACGACUUCCGGGGCAAGCUGGCCGACAACAUGGCCAAGCUGACUGGGCUGCCGGCGUCCUCGAUCAUGAACGACCCCAGGGUGAUGCUGCCCCAGAACCUGCAGACCAUCCUGACGCUGGCGGCGCUGCAGGACCAGAACGCGGUGGCGGCCAAGGCGCUGCGCUCGCCCAACCUGCCGCUCAUGGACCCUAAGAGUGGCGGCCUGCUCCAGGGCAUGCCCUCGCUCGCGGCCGCGGCCUCUGGACUCGGCGGCGGCGUGGUGCCCGGCGGCGUCGCCCCCGGUGCGCCCGGCGGCGUCCCCGGCGUCCCCGGCGCGGCCGGCGGCAAGGCGGCGGCCCCCAUCGACUACUCGCGCUACGUGAAGCGCUUCAGCUCGGCGCUCGAGUGCGGCCGCGCCUUCUGCAAGGACCUCAACUACAGGGAGCACUUCCACUGCAUCGAGUGCAACUCGCGUGUCUUCGUCAAAAAGGAGGAGAUGAUACGGCACUUCAAGUGGCACAAGAAGCGCGCCGAGAGCCUGGCGCACGGCUUCAUGCGGUACUCGCCCAACGACGACUGCUCGGACCGGUAUCGGGAGUGCUCGCACAACCGCAAGCAGACGCACUACCACUGCAUCAAGGAGAACUGCGACAAGGUGUACAUCAGCACGUCGGACGUGCAGAUGCACGCCAACUACCACCGCAAGGACUCGGCCAUCAUCCAGGAGGGCUUCCAGCGCUUCCGCGCCACCGAGGAGUGCCGCACCGAGUACUGCGUGUUCUUCGGCCAGCGCACCACGCACUUCCACUGCCGGCGCGACGGCUGCAAGUACACGUUCAAGAACAAGGCGGAUAUGGAAAAGCACAAGACGUACCACAUCAAAGACGAGCAGUUGACGCGGGACGGCUUCAAGAAGUUCAUGAAGCAGGACCCCUGCCCGUUCGAAGGCUGCCGUUUCUCCGGCAACUGCAACCACAUCCACUGCAUCCGCUCGGGCUGCUCGUACGUGCUGCACUCGAGCGGCCAGCUCUUCUCGCACAAGCGCAAGCACGAGCGCAAGGACUCGGAGCUGGCCUACCGCAAGUACAAGCUGGCCCAGUCCAUGAUGAAGUCGCUGGUGGACGGGCAGGCGUUCGCCGACCAGUUCAGCGCCGGCAUGGGCGACGAGGCCGUCAACGUGAACGCGCUGCACUCGCUGAUGGCGGGGCUGGGCGGACAGCCCGGCGCAGCGCCUCAGCACGGCGCCGACCCCGCGGACGCCAACGGCCGCUCGCUGUCACCGGGACAGGGUAGCCAGGGUGGCCCCGGCGCGCCGCCGCCGCACCCGCUGCUCGCGUUGCAGCAGCACAUGCCCGCCUUCAUGCUGCCGCCGCCCUACAUGCUGCCCCAGGACGGCGACAAGGCCGCCGCCGACACUCCCACCGACCUGACCAGGUCGUCGCCGACCCCGGAGCAGCACCAGCAGGCCCCCUCCUGGCACACUCCGCAGUCGGUGCCGCCGGCGCCGCAGCAGUCCCCGCAGCCCGCGCAGCCGCAGGCCAACGCCCCGGAGGAGGCGCUGUGGCAGCGCGUGUCGUGGCGCUUCGCGGGCGCCGAGCGCUGCCCGCAGGUGUCGCCCGGGUGCGAGCUGGCGGGCCGCGAGCACUGGCACUGCCGCGCCGAGGGCUGCGCCAUGGUGCUGCGCGCCCGGGAGGCCGUGCUGGAGCACGCGCGCAACCACGACGCGCAGGACCAGGUGAGCGAGGCCUACUACGUGACGGUGGGGCCCGCCGGCAGCAGCUCGCCCAGGGCCGCCAGCACCGAGGGCAAGUGUCACUGCGACCAGGACUGCCCGUACCAGGACAAGGAGAAACACUACCACUGCACCUGGGACAACUGCCGCGAGAUCAUCCUGCCCACGGACAAGCCGUUCCGCCGGCUGGACCACUACAAGAUGCACGAGUACUCGCGGAAGCUGUCGCAGAGUCGCGACCCGCUCACCACGAUGCACCUGGCCUCCUCCAUCGACGCCAUGUUCCGCCGCAAGCGCGGUCGGCCGCCAAAGAACCGCGUCAUCGAAGUGUGGAACGACUAUAUGUCCGGCCCUCCCGGCUCCUCCAUGCCAGACACCCCGCAGGCCAUCUUCACCAGCUUCAAGCUGCCCAAGCCCUCGGCCCCCGCCGCCGGCCCCCGGCAGUCUCCCCUGCAGCAGCAGCUGCAGCAGCUGCACCACCAGGGGCCUUCCCAGCCCCCGCCGUCCAUGUUCGGCCCGGCAGCCUCCCCUCCUGCCCCUGAGGACGACGCCCACAACAGGGCCUCCUCGCCGAACACGCUGGAGCUGCUGCAGGAGGGCUUCAUGCUGUUCGAGCAGGGCGAGGGCUCGCGCUGCGGCGACGCGCUCUGCUCGCUGUCGGGCCGGCGCCACUUCCACUGCAAGCAGCCGCGCUGCUUCUACGCCACGGACCGCGAGGACGUGCUGCUCAUGCACGCCCGCGACUUCCACGACAACAUCGACAUCCUGCCGGGCUUUGUGUUCUUCGACCGCAGCAUCGACUGCCGCCUGCCAGGCUGCCCCAGCAACCGCGCCAACAGGCACUUCCACUGCGCCCGGCCCGCGUGCGGAUACUCGUUCGUGCGCUACUCCAACAUGGCCCAGCACGAGGCCAAGCACCGCGGCGAGGCCAACAACAACAACCAGGAUGGCGACGCGAAGGCGGACAUGGGCGCCAACACCCCGCUCAGAGAGAUGUCUCCAGUGGGCAGCGCUGUCAUGUCCCCGGCGACGGGCCCGGGGCCCGCGGGGACACCCCCCACCACCACGCCCGGGACACCCUCCCCGGCGCCGGGCACCCCCCGGUCCAGGCCGCCCAGCAUCCCUCACCAGCUCGAGCAGUCCCGUGCCACAGUGGUGAGGGCAUCCGGCACUUUCUACCCCCUGUCUGCGUUCUCGUGCAGUAGCAGCGCAAGUGGCGCAAUCGGUGGUGGCGGUGGUUCAAAGCCCCUAGCCCCUCCCGCGGGGCCCGGGGGGCCCUGCGCGACGCCCCCCGCCCCCAAGUCCUCCCCUUCUCUGCCCCCAUCCCCGUCCGCUCCCUUCUCCCACGUCCCGAACCCUGCCCUGCUGGAGCGAAGGCACCACUUCGUCGCAGACAUCGUCAAGACUGAUCCCGACGCGUCCGGCCCGGGCGGCCACUCGCUGGCGCGCCUGCUGCAGCAACACGCCGAGGCUGGCGGUGGCGGCGGCCUGGCGCCCGUGCCGCCGUCCCCCACGGGGCUGCAGGGCGCGCCGGGCCCGCCGGCGCCCACCCCGCCGCAGCACGCGCCCGGCGCCCACACCCUCCCCGAGUGGAUGUCCCCCGACCGACACAUGCGCUACGGCCCGGAGCAGAGCUGCUCGCGGCCCUUCUGCAAGCUCAAGCGCAAGGAGCACUACCACUGCAACGCUUGCAACCAGGCCUUCUCCGAGCUGGAGCGGCUGCGGCCGCACAUCGCCAAGCACUCGACGGGUGCGCUGUCGCCCGGGACGCCCCUCAAGCGCGAGGGUGCGGCCACGCCCGAGGACAGCAACGACCACGACAGCAACGAGCAGCAGCCGUCGCCCGCCGAGCACUCGCUGGCCGCCGCCGCGGCGCUGGGCAUGCCGUCGCAGGCCGCCGCCAUGGGGGGCGUCGCGCUAGGCAUGCCUCCGCACGGCGCGCUGCACGGCCACGGCUCGCCCUUCCCGCAGCACCACUUCAACGCGGCCAUGGCCGCCGCCGUGGCCAACCAGCAGCUGGCCCUCAUGACCUCCCAGGGGCUGCCGUACCUCCAGCACGGCAUGCCCGCCAUCUACUCGUCGCCCUCCGGACUCAUGUUCGGAGUGUCGCCCUCGGGCUUCGGCGGCCCGCACCCCCUCACCUCCAACGGGCUCCUGGACCACCGGCUCGACGGCAUGGGCGGCGUGCCCGGCGUGCCCGGGCUGCACCAGCACCUCGCGCUCAAGCGCGCCAUGUCGCCGCACAUCAUGCCCGGGCACCAGGACAUGAGCCCCGAGGCCAAGAAGGCUCGCAUCCAGAACAGCAUGCGCAUUCUCAAGGACGAGCCUGUACCAGACGGCUACAUCAGGUUCAGGUUUAACGAGGACUGCAAGUACCCCCACUGCGGCUACAGGGAGCACCAGACGCACUUCCACUGCAUGCGCAAGGACUGCGGCUACUCGUUCUGCGACAAGACGCGCUUCGUGCAGCACACGGCGCGCCACGAGCGCCUGGACACGCUCAUGGGCGGCGACUUCCAGCAGUUCCGCGCCAACGUGUCCUGCAACCGGCCGGACUGCGUGUACACGUCCACACUGGGCGCCAUGCAGAACAAGGCGUCGCACUUCCACUGCCUCAAGUGCGAGUUCGUCUGCACCGACACCAACAAGGUGGUGGCUCACCGGCGACAGCACCAGAAGCUCGACUCUAUCAUGGCGGCCGGCUUCGAGAAGUUCACACCGUCCCAGCCCUGCCACUCAGAGUCGUGUGCGCACUCCGGCAAGCAGACUCACUACCACUGUCUAAGCUGCCAGUAUGCCGUCCUCGGGUUGUCGCAGAUGUCCGCCCACAAGUUCCGCCACUUAGAGUAGGGGGCGUCGUGCGUCGUUCCUUGCCGGUGUCCUGCUGACGGCGACCAUACCAGUCGGGUGACUUCUGCUCCCGGUCUGCAUGUCACAAACGCUAUAGUGGGGGCAGGGUUCACCCGACCGGUAUUGCUCGACACUCCUACUCGUAUCCGUUCCAGUGCCAUUUGGCCGUGUGUCUCUGUUAGACCAGACCGGUGAUAUUCGAUUAGAUUAUGGGGAGACCAAGUCUGUACAUUUUACUAAAAAAAAGAGUUUCUGUUAUAAACAAAGUGUGUGUAUUUCUUGUAGUGAUUUUACCUGUACAAAAUAUGGAAGAUAAUUACUUAAAAUAGUGAACUGUGUACAUUGUUUCAUCAUAUUUAUUCCUUUUUAUGUUAGUUGUUCAUAUUGGAGCUUGAUUUGAUGUUUAGAUGAAAUUGUAGUCAAUGUUUUAAUCCAUGUUUGGUAGUAUGCUUGAAAGCAUCGUAUCACAUUAUUUAUAGUACUAAUACUCAAUCCUCUCUGUACAUAGUAUUAUGUAGUAACAUUUAGGUUUGAUUAGUUUCAUAAUGUAUAAAAUUAUAUGUAUACAGAAGUAUAGAUUUUAUGAAAUGUUAUUGAUUUUUGACUAUGUUGAACUGUAGUCAUAAAACACAAGAAGAUAGUGACGGUCACAUGAAUUAAUAUUUGUUUAUGCCCUCAUGUGGUAUCCUCAUCCAAAGAGAAACUGCCUCGGCAGAAUUAAUCUGUAACCAGCAAUUUUGUUUGUGGGUGAUUGAUGAAACUAGAAAAUAAGUGAAGUUAUUGCUUAGCAAAUAUUACUAUUAUUAUUGAUAUGUUUAUUUAAGUGCAUAGCACUUUUAGCCUAGUACACCAGUAUACCGGGAAUGAAAUGAUAUUUUUGUUUUUCAGCCCACCCAUUGUUUACUUAGGAUCUUUACCUACACCUUAUUUUCAAAUUUUUAUAAUGUACGCCUAAUUUUUCAAAAAGGAUUGUUUUUCUUUCAAGCUUUGCGUAAAAAAGGCUUAGCUACAUUUCCCAUUGCUCGAUCAAUUCUGUUUUUGUAAAAUGGGUAAAGAGAUAAUGAUCUCACCCGCUUGCCAUAUGUCAGACAAGUACUGGGAUUUAUCACAGUUUACGCAUAGGUCUUUUGAGAACCAAGUAUGAAAGUGAAGCGCUCUUAUUACUCAGCUUGUGCUCAUUGACUGUGUGAUUACAUUGGAGGAGGGUGUACUACGACUGAUUCUAAAGCUUUGAUUCUACCUUAUGACUCAUUUCAUCCAAAGAGAUCUGGUAAUUCUGUCAUGUGGGGUUUGUAGUAAGGUUUACAAAUGCUUCAUCAAUCUAGGGCAUGUAGCAGAUUAUUUCAUCUCCCAUAUUUUAUGAUAGUUGCAUUCCAUGUGUGAAAAUGAACAGAUGUGUGUCUGAGAGUGAAUGAAUGUAUAUAACAUUGUAAAUUGCCAAAAUAUUUCAAUGGUUUGUUGAUAUGUUUUCCUUCACUGUGUUUUUAUUCUGAGGUAGAGUGAAAUCACAAUGUGCCAUGGUCAUCGCCCCAUAAGCGAAACCUAAGCACUCAAACUACCUAGUCUUCUUUUAAACGUGUGCCUAAAAUUCAGGCCCAUUCCAGUUUUAUAACUUUCAUUGUUAAUUCUUUGGGUGUUUCAAAAUUAACUGACGUUUUAUGAAAUGUCUUCUUAUCCCAUGUUUUAAAUGAGCGGGAGUUGUUUGUUUUAUUUUUGCAAAUGUUAAUAGACAUACUGAUGUACAAUGCCACUGUGAAGAGUACAUUUAUUAUUGUACUGUUUGUAUAAGCCGUCAGCGGGCGUCUUGUGUUGUUAGAGUUCAUGUAGCUGUGAUUCUUAAAAGAAAAAAAUGAAUACAAGUAUUCUAUUUAUAAA